AUGGGGUCGACGGCGUUGGUCAACGGCGAGGGCCACCCCGCCAAAACCAUCGACACACCACUGCUGAUAGUAGGAGCCGGCCCAGCAGGCGCGUCUCUAGCAUGCUUCCUCUCUCACCCACCCUACAGCAUGACAGGUCUACUCAUCUCCAAUGCCCCAACCACAUCCCAGACACCUCGCGCCCACAUCACCAACCCUGCCUGCUUCGAGUGCCUGCGUGACAUUGGCCUAGAGGAAAGGGCUGUGGGACUCGCCACCGCCGGCGACAACAUGAUCCACACGCGCUGGUGUCACGACAUGACCGGCGAAGAGUACGCCCGCAUCUACUCCUGGGGCAACGACCCCCAACGCCACGGCGAGUACGAGAGCCACACGCCUUGCCGGCACGUGGACCUGCCACAGACCGAAUUCGAGCCCAUCAUGAUCCAGCGUGCGACUGCCGAAGGCUGGGAUGUGCGUUUCCGCACCAGAUUCCUCGACUUCAAGCGUCAGGACGACGGCUUGAUCGUCAGCCGUCUCGCGGAUGAUCUAACCGGGAGCGAGUAUCUGGUUCGAUCCAAGUACCUCUUUGGCGCCGAUGGCGGCCGCAGCCAGGUCAUUCGCCAGCUGGAAAUCCCGCUCAUCAAGAAACCAGGUCAAGGGCUGGCCUUGAACGUGCUGGUCCAAGUGGACCUGUCAGACUAUGUCGAUGCCAGAAAAGGCAACCUUCAUUGGGUCUUCCAACCAGAAGACGACUAUGACGACUUUGCGUGGAGCGGCCUGAUCCGCAUGGUCAAGCCGUGGCACGAGUGGAUGUUCAUUCUCUUUCCCAAACCAGAAGUCGAGUAUAAGGAACCCACAAUGGCACAAUGGGAGGCCAAGUGCAGAAAGAUCGUGGGCAACGACAAGCUUCCACUGAAGAUUCUCGACGUAUCCAAGUGGCUGAUCAACGAAACCGUGGCAGAGCGCUACUCCGACCCCACCAACACCAUCCACUGCCUCGGCGACGCCGUCCACCGGCACCCGCCCUUCAACGGCCUCGGCUCCAACACUUGCGUCCAAGACGCCUACAAUCUGGCCUGGAAGAUCAAAUACGUCGAGAACGGCCUCGCCUCCCACUCCCUGCUCUCAACCUUCAGCCCGGAACGUCAGCCCGUCGGCCUCGGCGUCGUCACGCGCGCGAACCAAGGCCUACGCGACCACACGCCCGUCUGGGACGCCAUGGGUCUGACGCUCCCCACACCGAAAGAACGCAUGGCGGUGAUGGAAGAGCUCAAAUCGGCCACGAAAGCCGGGCGCGCCCGCAGGAAACUGCUCAACGACGCCAUCGACGGCACGUCCCAUGAGUUUCACGGCAUCGGCGUCGAGAUGAACCACCGCUACGUCAGCGACGGCGUCGUCGUGGACGAUGAGAAGGACGCGCCCCCGCAAUGGCCGGAGGACCCCGUCUUGUACCACCGCGCCAGCACCUACCCCGGCAGCAGACUGCCGCACGCGUGGCUGAACAAGCGGAUGCCCCAGAAGAACCACGUCUCGACGCACGACUUGGCCGGGCACGGCGUCUUCUGCCUGCUGACGGGCAUUGGCGGCCAAGGGUGGAAAGCCGCCGCUCAAACGGCGUCGAAGGAGCUGGGCAUCGACAUCCGCGCUUACAGCAUCGGGUGGGGGCAGGACUGGGAGGAUGUCUAUCGGGACUGGUCGCGCAAGAUGGAGGUCGACGAAGAUGGCUGCGUGCUCGUGAGGCCGGAUCGCUUCGUUUGCUGGAGAGCCAUGGCGGCGGGUGACGAGGAGCGGAGGCUCGGCGUCGCGCUGAAGAAGGUUCUGGGGAGAUGA